AUGGCAGCCUCCCUCAGCACACACCAGGCAUCGCUGCGGCAGGCACAGGUGUCUGCACUGGUCGCCAUGCUCAACUUAAAUUCUAACCCUUCAGCCUCUUCCUCCAAGAACAAGUCCCCACUGCACUCAGAAGUCAAUGGCUCCUCUUCCUCCACCAUCACACUGCCCAGUGGACCCCCGACGUGGAAGGUGCUGCUGAUGGACAAGACCUCGCAAGACAUCCUCGCCACAUCGCUGCGGGUGCAGGACCUCAGGGACAAUGGCGUCACACUACACAUGCAGCUCUCCUCCGAGCGGCCGCCGCUGCCCGACGUGCCAGCCGUGUACUUUGUGUCGCCCGUACAGGAGUCGCUGGACAGGAUAGUCAAGGACCUGCAGAGCAAUCUUUACGAGAGCUACUACAUCAACUUCACGUCUGCCAUUCCAAGGCCUCUGCUAGAGGGCUUCGCGAGUCACAUUGCCAGGGAUGGCACUGGCGAUUUGAUUCAGCAGGUCUUCGAUCAGUACCUCGACUACAUCGUCCUGGAGCCCUCGCUAUUCACCCUGCUACCGAAAGUUAGUGCCGCAAAAGCAGGUACCUCUGCACUGUCAGCGCCGACCUCGACUUCUUCCCAAGAAGACUACACAUAUACUCGUCUGAAUGCAUCCUCUGCAGGCCAAGAGCAAGUAGAGGCCGAGACAGACCGGAUAGCCUCUUCCCUCUUUUCUGCUCUGGCUACCGUAGGCACACUACCCAUAAUCCGUUGUCCCAGGGGCAAUGCUGCGGAACUCGUAUCACGCAAGCUCGAGUCCCGUCUCAAGGACCACAUGAGCACAGUCAGAGGGGUAGGCAACCUCUUCACCGCCGAUGGCAGUGUCAAUGUGGGCAGCUCCGCAUGGGCGGCUUCUCGGCCCCUCCUGAUAGUACUAGACCGCAACAUCGACCUGGUCCCCAUGCUAGCCCACUCGUGGACGUAUCAGGCGCUAGUGCAGGACGUGUUGGACCUCAAGCUCAACCGGGUCACCGUUCCAGUCGAUGCCAGCUCGGACCCCACCGCAACCUCCGCUACAGCCAAUAAGCGAGCGUAUGAUCUCGACUCCAAAGACUUCUUCUGGACCAAAAAUGCCUCGACGCCAUUCCCUCAAGUGGCAGAAGACAUUGAUUAUGAGCUCAAUCGAUACAAGUCCGAUGCGGCUGAGAUCACACGCUCCACGGGAAUCUCGUCGAUGGAAGACGUCUCACAGCUCGAGUCCUCUUCGAAUGCCGCCCAUCUCAAGGCUGCAAUCACUGCUCUGCCCGAACUCACGGCAAGGAAACAGACCCUAGAUGCCCACAUGAACAUCGCUACUGCUCUGCUCUCAGGGAUCAAGUCUCGUGCCCUAGACACCCUGUUCCAGCUGGAAGAGACAAUCGCCCGGCAGAGCAAGGCGACCGUCUUGGAGACGAUUCGCAGUCAAGGCGAAGGGGGUGGAGGUGGUGGAACUCCGGAGGACAAGCUGAGGUUCUUUGUUAUGUGGUAUCUGUCCGUGGGGGAGAACAUGAUCGGGGCAGCGGACAUGGCAGAGUACGAGAGUGCAUUGAAGGAGCAGGGCGUGGAUCUGAGGGCGCUCGAGUACGUCAAGAGAGUCCGUGCCUUGACGCGCAUGUCUACCCUCUCCUCCUCCAUUACUCCCUCUUCCGCCUCGGCCGUCUCCACCUCGGCCAACGGUUCCACCAACGAAUCCCUCUUCCGCGGACUCACCUCCCUCUCCUCUCGUCUGACGGACCGCCUCAAGGACUCAGGCCUGGAUCGCGUAGUGACAAACGUCAAGAAUCUCCUCCCGGUGCAAAAGGAUUUUGUCGUCACCCGCUUAGUCGCAGCACUCAUGGAGGCAGCUCCCUCUGCGGGCGGACAGGGCGGUGGUAGUGGAGUAGCGCGAGAGGUGCGAGAGCAAAUCGAAGACUGGCUCUGGCUCGAUUGUCUACCCCGGCGUGGGGGUGGGGCAGGGGGACCUGGCAGCGGGAGGGGCACACCUUCGAUGGGCGCACAACAGCAGCAGCAGCAGCAGGUCGCAAGGAGGGAAGCUAUCGUAUUCGUCGUUGGAGGAGGUUCCUACGUCGAAUUUGCCAAUCUGCAAGAAUGGGCUGCUCGACAGAGCGGUGGAGCAGGAGCAGGGGCGGGUGCUGGUGGGUAUGGAGGUGCGGGAGCUGGAGGGAUGGGGCAAGGCCCAAACAGUAGAAAGAUCACGUAUGGGUGCACAGAGUUGCUCUCUCCGGGCGAGUUCAUCAGGGUGCUGGGCUCGCUGGGAUGA